GCUACACACUUGACACAGCGUUGGCGCGCUUUUAGCCUUUCUCCUUCCUGGCGAAGAAGCCCUCGGCUCUUUCUAACCCAAGGAUGAAGUUCAAGGCUUUUCUCACGGAGAAUGGAGUGACUCUUUUGGAGAGGAGGUUCCUGCCAGCACUCGAGAAGAUGGGAAAGAUAUGUCACCUUUACCUCACAAGAGAUCACGCCAUGUUCCUUCACAAUCUCCUUAAUGGCGAUGGUAUUCAAUCUAUUGCUCAAUUUCGCAAAGAAGCCCUUUUCGAUGACUAUCGCAUCUCUAGCCAGAACGAAGAUCGCAUUGCUUUUACCAUAGAUGUCGCUCUUCUCCAGCGUGCAGUUCGGAGCAGUGUGAGCAUUUGUUCUGAACUUGGUGGCAGUGGAGCUACUACUAAUCGUCUCCAAAUUAAGCUGGUGAAAAAGCUACCUCCAAAUUGUACCCAACCUAUGCCUUUUCUUACCUUUGAAACCAAAGGUUAUAAAUCUGCAGUUAUUCAGGAUAUCCCGAUUUCAAAGCCAUUAUCAAGAGCUCAAGUUCUUGAACUUCAAGGUGCUUUGGAUAUGGCCCAAGACCUGCCUCAAACUCUCGUUCAGGUGCCAGAUUUGAACCAAUUGCAAAACUUUGUGGAUAGAUUGAAGCAGGUAGGUGAUGUGCUUGGGGUCUCCAUAAGCAAGUAUGGGGAUUUGCACAUACAGGUUUCAACAACACUGAUCACUCUCGGUGCCGAGUUUCGGAAAUUGUUGGUCAUUGGGGAGAAAACAGAGGCCCCUUCUGAGGAUCAAAAUCUGAGUGCUCAGACUCGGUCAUCCCGGUCAGUUGCCAGAGGAGAUGCUCAAUCUGUGCAAGUGAGUGUGAAGCACUUUGCCAAGAGCCUUCAGUAUCACUUGACCAAACCAGAUUGUGCUUUCUAUGGGAUUGCUCCACUUGGUGCUUGUUUGACAGUUAUAUUUCAGUUUUUCAUUCCUGGUUCUCGUCAGACGGACAAGUCAAUUAGCUUGCACUGCAGACUUCCUGUACUUGACCCUGGUUCCAGUUGACAGUUUCCAGGCAGUUAGUGGGACUCAUUAUGCUGCUCUUGGAGAUUCAGUUCAAGUUUUUUCGCUACUAGUAAUUGUCAGUGUAUUUCAUCAGUAAAAUAUAAGAUUGUAUGAGAUGAGACUGGUAAAAAUUUGAAUUUGAAGAAAAUUCAAGUAGAUAUGAAUCGUAAGUCUGUACAACUAUUGCUGGGAUAGGUCUUAGUGGAUGUUCGGGCUUACACUGUAAGAAUUUCCCUUAUUAUGAACCAGAAGUUUCCUUUCAUUUAUCAGCAAAUGAAGAGUAGAAUUCCGCAAACUA